AUGACUAUUGUCCACCGCCUCGACGAGGUUGCCUUGCGCUAUCCGGACCGUAUCGCAUUGAAGACCCAUGAUGGGAGCUCCUUGACUUAUAGUGAAGUCCAGCGUCGGAUCGAUGUUAUCGCAAACGAACUCCUUCGCAACGGAGUUGGCGCAGGGACCCGUGUUGGGGUUUUCCAAUCCCCCAGUGCAGACUGGAUAUGUUCUCUCAUGGCCAUCUUGCGUGUCGGUGGUGCUUACAUUCCAUUGGAUAAAAAGGUGGGGAUGAACAGACUCGCGAGGAUCAUGAACGAAACACAAGCACCGAUGGUGUUGGUUGAUACAAACUCCAUGUCCGACUAUGCCCUUUUGCACACCACGGCAAAACCGAUUGACGUAGGUAGCCUAAACAGCUCUACUGCAAUCGCCGUCCGAAACAUGGCUGUCUCAAGCCAGACUGCGGUGAUCAUGUAUACUAGUGGAUCAACUGGUGUCCCAAAGGGAAUCAUGAUUGCCCAUUCAGCAUAUGUUCACCAUAUUCAGUCAUCCACGGCCGUCUGGAAACUGAAGCAGGGAAACGAGACCAUCCUGCAUCAAUCAUCAUAUGCGUGGGAUGCGUCUUUGUGGCAGAUCAUGGUCUCCCUAUGCUCUGGCGGGACCCUUGCAAUUGCAUCUGAUCUCACACGAGGUGAUCCCGUUGCUCUCACACGACUCAUCGUAUCCGAGAAUGUGACAUGCACCCUUGCGACGCCCACAGAAUAUCUCGCUUGGAUUCGUCAUGGUCGCUCCCACCUGAGUAACUCUCGCUUGUCGACCGUGAUAUGUGGUGGUGAAUUCAUGUCAAGUGGCCUGAUCAAAGAGAUCAAGAAUCUUCAUCGGUCGGACCUCAAACUGAUAAAUGCUUAUGGGCCGGCGGAGAUCAGCGCUGCAUGCUCGGGCAGUGAAGUUCCGUACAACCUGCUGGAUUCUACAUCAACAUGCCUCGCGCAAGCUCUUUAUACACUACCAAACUACUCUGUUUACAUUGUCGACGAAACCAUGAAGCCUGUUCCCAUCGGAGUUCCUGGUGAAGUGGUUGUUGGUGGCGCAGGGGUUGCCCAGGGCUAUCUUGACGGCACCAAGACAACUGAGCGAUUUUCAAAUGAUCAGUACGCGAGUAAGUUUUUCCAGGAGAAGAACUGGACAAGAAUCCAUCACACUGGAGAUCGCGGAAAGCUCAAUCGCGAUGGUGGUCUUAUUCUCCUCGGGCGCAUGGACGGGGAUAACCAAAUCAAAUUGAGGGGAAUUCGCAUCAAUAUUGAAGAAAUAGAGACGGCGAUCGUCAGUUCUUCAGCUGGAACUAUCGCACAAGCUGUGGUAUCCGUUCGUUCAGAUGCAACUCAGUCUGGGGGCGAUCAAUUUCUUGUUGCCUUUGUCAUAAUGGCUACCACACACGAUUCUGAAAAUGCGCAUCAAUAUCUCGCGCGCCUUUCCCAAGAGCUACCACUGCCGCGUCAUUUGCGACCUGCUGCUAUAAUCCCAGUUGAGAAUGUUCCUCAAAAUAACUCAGGCAAGACUGAUCGUGUCGCGGUCGGCGCACUUCCCAUUCCGUUGAUUUCAUCCCAGCUGCCGGACGACAGCACUCUCACGGCAUUUGAACAGUCAUUGCGUCAGCUCUGGCAACAAGUACUACCGCGGGAACUUAGUAGCUUUCACUCAAUUGAUUCCCAAUCUGACUUUUUCCACGUUGGUGGAAGUUCCCUCGCCCUUGUGAACCUGCAAGCUCUAAUCAAGGAGAACCUCGGUGCGUCUAUGGCAUUGUAUCAACUUUUCGAAGCCAGCAGUCUACGUGAAAUGGCGGCCAGAAUUCAAGACAUAUCUCGCCCCUCACUCGAUCUAGACGUGAAUUGGGAUACAGAAGUUGAAGUUACAUCUGACCUCACUUCAUCUCUGACUUACGGUGGCACUCACAUUAUCCCAUCGGGGGUCAAGAAUGUGGUGCUUACCGGGGCAACAGGUUUCCUUGGCAAAGAAAUACUCCGAGGACUCAUAGAAGAUGGAAAGGUCUGGUCCGUCCAUUGUCUUGCUGUCAGAAAACGAUCCUCGGGUUUACCUGAACUAUUUUCCCAUCCGAAAGUUCAUUUGCAUUAUGGUGAUCUGGGGGCUCCUCAACUAGGACUAUCUGAAACCGAGACCAAAUCGAUAUUCUCCUGUGCAGAUAUCGUUAUUCACAAUGGCGCGGAUGUGUCGUUCAUGAAAACAUAUCAGACUCUCAAGCUGAUCAAUGUGGCGUCGACGAAGGAACUCGUCAAACUUGCAUUGCCUCGGCGUAUUCCAUUCCAUUUCGUCUCGUCGGCUGGUGUUGCAAGACUUGCUGCCCAAGAAACCUUCGGGGAGAUAUCUGUAUCGUCAUAUCCUCCUCCAUCUCGACCAACAGAUGGGUACAUCGCUGCCAAGUGGGUGAGCGAAGUCUACCUCGAGCACGUCAACCGCCAAUUUGGUCUGCCCGUAUGGAUACACCGCCCAUCUAGCAUCACCGGCACCGAUGCGCCGGAACUUGAUCUUAUGAGUAAUGUCAUGCGGUUUACCAAAGAAACCCAGAAAGUGCCAGACUCGAGCUUAUGGUCGGGGGUCUUCGACCUCAUUUCCGUACAGUCGGCCGCAAGCCAACUCCUUCAAGCCGUUCACCAUUCCGGUGUCACCGAACUAGCUGUGACUUAUCUUUAUGAGUCUGGUGAGAUGAAGAUUGGGCGUGAUGAGAUUAUGCCCUUGAUGGAAUCGGGCACGGGUCAACAGUUUCAGAUCGUUUCCCUCGAUGAGUGGGUGAAUGCUGCCGAACAAGCAGGAAUGAGUGUGUUGUUGGGAGAAUACUUGCGCAGGGCCUCGGAUGGGCAAGUCCUCCUCCCCAGGUUGAUUAAAAGUACUUGA